AUGGAGGAGCUCCAUGCCCACUGCCUGAACUGUGUGAACAGGAGGUGUAUGAUCCGCCCAGAGACCGGUAUGUCCUGUGAUCUAAUUCGCUGCCCUCUCGUCUGUGGAGCAGUCUUUCACUCCUGUAAAGUGGAGGAGCAUCAUUUACUAUGCCUGUUUGAAAGAGUGCCUUGCCUUAACACUGGAUUCGGGUGCCCUUUCACUAUCCCCCGGAUUAAGAUGGCUGAACACCUAGAGACGUGCCCGGCCAGUGUGGUGUGUUGCACCAUGGAGUGGAACCGUUGGCCUGUGAGCUAUUCAGACAGGAAGUCCUAUGAGCACCUGAGCGAUGUUGAAGUGGUGGAGCAGCUAGACAUGGCCCUGGCUCUGCAAGAUCAGAGGAUGCUACUGGAGUCCCUCCGAGUCACCACCAACACGUCAGAGAAGGAAUAUAAUAAACCAGCUGAGGAAACGCGCGACAAGAUGGCUGAUGUAGUGUCAGGUGUUCCAGAGACUGCCAGAAGUAAUGGAACGGUUGAAAUGGAUGAGGCUGCUGCUUUGACUAAUGGAGUGGUUGAAAUGGAUGAUGAUUAUGCGUCUUAUAGUGAGGUGCACAAAAUAAACUUAGCAGCUACCUUGGCCGUUCUCAGAAGUGCAAAGGACAUUGACUUGAUCAAUGUAAAUGUGGAAAAGAGCGGUGAGAGAAAUGGGGUUCUCCAUAGGGGAGAGGACAGUGAUGGUGAUGAUGAUGAUGAUGAUGAUUUGAAGAAUGUAGAGGUGAAGACAAGUGACACAGAGUCGGGCUGUGAGCUCGGAGCAGUGGGCGGAGUCGCAGUGGACAGACAGGGAGAUGAUGAGAGCUACUGGAUAGAGUCUUCAGAGGAAGUGGAGAAGGACCACGUGAUGGGUCUUGCAGAGGUGGGUGGUCCUCCUCCUCUCAGUAACGGUUUCAACCAUACAGGAGACGACCAAAAUCACUUGGGACAGCGUGAGUGGAUGGUUCUAAGCAGAUCUCCGCCCAGACGCUCUGAAGUCAACAGGUUUUCAGACUUCAGGCCGGUGAUGCCUUAUCUCUCCAUGCCUAAUAUAGUAACACCCCGGGAACCCUCUGGGCCCCACCCUCCCCCACGGGAACCCUCUGGGCCCCACCCUCCCCCACGGGAACCCUCUGGGCCCCACCCUCCCCCACGGGAACCCUCUGGGCCCCACCCUCCCCCACGGGAACCCUCUGGGCCCCACCCUCCCCCACGGGAACCCUCUGGGCCCCACCCUCCCCCACGGGAACCCUCUGGGCCCCACCCUCCCCCACGGGAACCCUCUGGGCCCCACCCUCCCCCACAGGAACCCUCUGGGCCCCACCCUCCCCCACUACCCAUCCACCUGCCUCUUCCCAUGCCACUCCCUAAUCUGGAACCCUACAACGUGCUCCAGCAUCUGCCAUUGGAGAUAGAAGACAGCUGGCUGGAGAGGAAACUUCAGAACCUCCAGGUGCUCAGAGGGAUGAGUGUGUUUACGUUUAACGGGCGCAGGGCUCUGAUGUCUGACCCCUGUCUGUUCAGAGCCAAAACAGAGGACAGGUCAGUGGACACCUCAGACCUGGAGGUAACUGACGAUCCAUUGGGGCUCCAUGGAAUCGACCUGAUCACGGCAGCGCUGCUCUUCUGUCUGGGGGACUCCCCUGGGGGCCGCAGCAUCUCAGACAGCAGGUUUGUAGACGGUUACCGCAUCGACUUUGGUACCCAGACCUUCUCCUUCCCCUCGGCUAUACUGGCCACUAACACCAUGGUGGGGGACAUCGCCUCAGCGUCGGCCUGUGAUCACGCUAGCCCUCAGCUCUCCAACCCCAGCCCCUUCCACUCCCUCAGACUGGACCUGGUUCUGGAGUGCGUUGCCCGUUACCAAACCAAGCGGCGCACCAUGUUCACCUUUGUGUGUGGACAGCUGUUCCGCAGGGACGAGUUCUCCUCGCAUUUCAAAAACGUUCACGGGGACAUCCACGCCGGGCUGAACGGCUGGCUGGAGCACCGCUGUCCCCUGGCCUACUACGGCUGCACCUACUCCCAGAGACGCCUCUGUCCCUCUGUGCAGGGCUCCAGGAUCAUCCAUGACAGACACCUGGGUUCGUUUGGGGUGCAGCCCGACAUGCCUCCCCAGUACGGAGAUAAAACCCUCCCCAGGAAUGCCUGUCGGUUCGGGUCCACCUGCGACCACCUGAGCUCCCUGCCCUUCGAGGUGCUCCAGUAUGUGGCCAGUUUCCUGGAUGGCUUCAGCCUGUGCCAGUUGUCCAGGGUCUCUCGGACCAUGAGGGAUGUGUGUGCCAGCUUACUACAGUCCAGAGGCAUGGUGGUGCUGCUCUGGGAGAACACACGAAGGCCUGAUGGGUCGUCCUCAUGGCAGAUCCGAAACAAGGUUAGUCACUCACUGUGCAUGUCUAUUAACAUCUGUAAUUAAUUGUAGUUAGUCUCAUUUUCCCAUAAAUCUAUGAUCAGUGGAACAGUACGAUAGUUUGAGAUGCUCAUGGGGAUCUCGAGUUAGAGUUCACAGCUAUUUGCUGACCACUGAAUGCAUGCUGUCCUGUAUCAACAAACUAGUCAACUAGAUUAAAGGCUUGGCAUUGCAAAAGGACAAACACAAGCAGGAAUACAAUAUGACAUACAGUAUAUAAACAUCUUUAUCAUUAUUGGAUGAUAACUAAUUAAUUUAUAUUAUUCUGUUUGACAACCAGGUGUGGCGAUUCAGCACGGCCUUCGGUACGGUAAACGAGUGGAAGUUUGCCAACAUCGCCAAUAUGGCCGACCAUCUGAAGAAGUGCAAGUUUAACAGCAUCACCUGUCGGGACGAGGCUAUCCCUCUGCCUUGCAUGUGCUUAUCCAGAGAGCUCACCAAAGAGGGACGCUCACUGCGCUCAGUCCUCAAGCCAGUAUUAUGA